UAUCAAGAAGAAGAACAGAAGCUCUUCCAUGGAAACAAGGGACGCCAGUCUGCUGGUAUGAGAGAGUGAAUAGUUAAAACAAGAUGAAACAGGAUAUAUUGUGUUAUUCUGUAGAUGAUGAAUUGUUCAGAGGUUAGGAGAUUUCCGAAUGAAUCCAAAGAAAGCGCAAUAUGCAGCUAAAACUAGCUGCUAUCGGUUUAGCUCCAAGCUAGCUUAGAAUGUUUCUCCUGUGUGGUAAAAACCAAAGGAGAGGAAAAUGUAAGGGGGAAAACGACUGACUACGUAACGGACAGCUCAUGAGAACCAGCUGAAACAUGUGGAAGGUAAGCGGUCGGAGUUCGGCUCUGAACCGGGCUGAGGCGCUGCUGUCAGCCAAGAGGAGCAGCACAGGAGACGGAGGAGGCUCCACACAGGACUCACCCACCAAAACACAGGGAGCCUCCUUCAGAACUGGACCUGUUCCUCCAAACAGCCACAACUUGUUCUCUGACCUGAGUGACCUCGCCUCAGAGACCUCUGCUUCUGAACAGGGUGCUGCAUCUACCACACUUGCUAAUACACAAGAAAACCUUGAGAGAAAGGGAGAUUCAACCCAGGAUCUCAGGCCUCAGAGUUCACUGGGAGAAGGGAGCAGGUUCCUAAAGAAGGCUCCAAAACCAGCUAACAGCAGCCACUCGCCGGUCAGCAGGAACCGAGCACAGGCUGUGGUGCAACCAAGAUGUGUGUCAUCCUCCCAGCAUGGCUCUCAGGCUCCAGCCUUGCGUAGGCUAGCUGAAAUCGAGAGUCGUGUCCGGAGCCGCAAGCAGGAGCUAGAACAGGCUAAGAAGGCCUCAGCAGCUGUCCUCAGUCAAGCCUCGGAUGUGGAAAUGUCGCCAGCUGCAGCCGUCCAUAUCAGGGAGGCUUCUGCGGCGCUGUCAGCGCAGUUCGACACUGACCAGAGCCAGAGGGAGAACUGUUUCCUCAAAAAGAAAAACCAGAGCAUCUCUGCUCCCGCCGAGGCAGCAAAACAUGCUGCUGCUGGCGUCGGGUUCAGAUCACAAGCCGGGAAUGCUGUUGAACAUUCUGGAGGGUUGGAGAGGAAGCCAAGGAGACCAAUGAGCGGUGUGAGUCUGGAAAGUGAUGAAGAAGACAUGAGGAAGCUGCUUGGAGACUCAGUAGAAUCGAUCAGCAUGUCCGGACCCGGGAGAUCUUCAUCUGUGAAAAGACCACACAGGACACUCAGCAGUCCCGGUGAGGAGGGUGAAAGGCCAACUGCUGCCCAUCCUUCACCGCCCUCUCCUUCCUGUCACAGCUCUCCGUUCCGAUUCACCGGUCAGGCCCGGGCCCAGUUCAGUCCCUCGGUGCUGUCCCCGUCGCCCUCUUCACCCCGUUGCCCCUCCACCACCCCAGAGAGGCAGGGCUCCUCUCAGAAGGCAGAGGAUCCGCGACGCAGCCACUCAUCCUCGUCAAGCCGUGUGGAAGUCCUUUCUCUGGAGGAGCUGUUCCCUGUGGGGCCGGGAUCUGAGCAUCUACACAGUCACAUGAGUUCAGCUUCUUCAGAAGAAGGCCCAGGAGAGAUCAGGGUCAAUGUGAUGACUCUCGAUGAGCUGACUCCCUCUCAAACGCCAGGAAAACAGGUGGGAACAAAACAUGUGAUGGAAAAUAAGCGUAAUAAUGUCAACUUAAUGAAAUCAAAUUACCAAAAGACUCAUUUUACUGAUUUGGUCUUGGUGCCAAUGCAGAAUCAAAACAAAAUGGCCGACGCUGUCCCUGGAUCCCAAAGUAAAUGCCGGCUGUCACCAUGGGAGGGGGAGGAGGAGGAAGAGGCGGCAGUGGACUAUCACAGCGACUUUGACACUGAUUCUAGCGCCAGGCAGAUUUCAGAGUACCUGGGAGAAGGUGAUGAUGAGGAAGCAGAGGUCAGAUCAGAGGUCAGAUCAAAGGUCACGCAGGCGGUUUCCAGGACAGUUGAGUCUCUCAGGAAGACGGAAGAUGAUUAUUCCAGUACUUUCUCCAGUGUGAGAUCAGAAUUGUUCAGCAGAAGCAGACAGAGCUUCUCUCAGCAUUCAGGAAGGCAUGCUUCAGUCAGGAGGAGUUUCAAAGACGCAGCGGCACAGACGUGGCCUGAUCCACCAGGUUACUCCUGGUCAGCAGGUACGGCUCCCCUGGACCCCAUGGUUGGCAGGAUCUACAUGGGGCCCACACAUGUGGCCCCCCAUGCCUUCAGUGCAGACAGGUUAGAAGCUGUGUGCAUGUUGGACCCAGCUGGAUUUGCUCUGAAUGAAAUGCUGAAGCAGCAGCUGGCCAUGACCAAGCAGUUCAUGGAGUGCAGUGAACACCUCCAUGCCUGCUUGAUGCAAAGCCUGGAACCCCCCAACUACAGAUACACCACGCUGGAGGAAACCAUGCGGAACAUCUGCAGGCGCAGACGUCCCAAACCUCACAGGGAGAAAACAUAGGAGGUUUUACAGGAAAUGGAGGCUGAGCCAGCUGACCACUUUCUACACAUUCACUAAAACAUUUUAACAAUGGAUUGUUAUAGCAAAGACAAAAAAAAUAAACAAACGGUCAGAGUUAA